CACCGCUCCCACCCCGCUCUCCUUCUCCCCACAGAGACCCCGGGCCGGAGGCAGGACCCAAGAUGGGGGACGACUUGGGGUGCCGGGCGCUGCUGGCCGUGCUGCUGUGGGCCCCCUUCCUCGGGGGCGCGGCGGGGGACCGGGCGGAGGACGGCCAGGACGGCUUUCCGGGCCGCGCUGCCGCCGCCGAUGACCUGCUGUCGCGGCUGGGCCGAACCGCCUGGGAGGCCCUGGAGAGCUGGCUGGGCCCCCAGCCCCUGCGGCUGGUGGCGGAGAGCCUCGCCGCCACCCUCUGGGUCGUGUCCUCGGGGAUCUCGGCGGCCCUGACGGCGCUCUGCGGGAUCCUGGGGGAUCUCCUGGCCGCCUCCGGCGUUAGCGGGGACCGGCUGGUGCGCGUGGCGGCGCUGGGCCCCGGCGAGGUGCAGCGGGUGCUGCUGUGGGGGCUGGCUGCCCUGCUGGGCUCCUGGCUGCUGUCGCGGCUGCGGGGGCUGCUGCUGCCCGCGCUCCGCUGGGUGAAGCUCUGCUGUUUCCUGGGUGCCUUCCUCCACGUCGCGGCCUCCCAGGAGAGCCCCACGGCGCAGGCGGGGAUGCUGCUGGGGCUGUGGGUGCUCUACGCCCUUCUGGGGCACCUGGUGGGACCCCCCGACCCCAGCAGCCAGCUGAAUGCUGCCGUGCGCAGCCUGGAGUGGAAGGUGGAGGAGCUACGGCGGCGGCAGAAGUGGGGGGGCCCCCGUAACCGGGAGGAGUGAGCCACCCACCCCCCUCCCGGGGGGACAGCCCGCCCCGCUGCACCGUCCCCAGCGCACCCCAGUAUGCUUGGCUCCGUCCCCCCAAGCGUGCGUCCUCCCUGCUGAGCCCCCACACCCCUUCCUCUGCCCCCCACCGCUGCUCCAGUUCUCCCUGGGGGCCCUGCUCCCGUUAGCCCCCCCCCCGCCCCGGGGUGGACGCCAGCCCCGGAGCCCCCCACUCCGUCCUUCAGGGGACACAGAGGAAGGGCCCCCCCACUCCAUGCGGCACCCCCAAAGCCGGGGCCCCACUCCCUGCGCACGCACCGCAGUGCCUUCACGCGAGCCAAGAGUGCCUUCCCCGGGGAGGGGGUCCUCCUAUGGCUCCGGCAGCCCCCCCCGUGCCCCCCCCCCAGCCCCAAACUCAGGCCCGCCAUGGAGGGGAGGAGAGGAGAGCGUCCUAAUCCCGGUCCGGCCGGCCUGGCGGCUGUUGUGCCCAUCUGGGCACACAGAAGGGAACUCGCUCCCCACCCCGGGCCCAAAACGGGGGCUCUGCUCACGCCGGGGGGGACGCAGCCCCCCGGGGGCCAGCGGCCGGGCCCCGCGCUGUCAGUCCUUGGGUUUUAAGCUGCUUUUUAAACUGUUUUGAUAUGGGAUAUCUGAAUAAACAACGGUUUCAUCCCGGCCUGGA